AUGGCACUUCCUGCAAUUACCUGUGCUGAGAAUAUUGCUCUCCUCUCCCUCCUCCAUCGUGUUCCUGUUCCAUCAUCAUUAAACACUAUUAGUAACCUUUCGGUUCGUCACAAAAGAUAUACUUUAUCGUUUGAGAGAGAGCGUAGCUUGACUAGUGUGCUUGCAUUUCUCUCAAGCAUUAGCGAUAAUCCCAACCAUAUUACCGCGGUUUGUGUAGAGGAGGAUCACGAAACAAUGUCUUUAAAUGUACUACUUGCUAUAAACAAAGAUCGGCAGAAUGAUAACAGCCAAAUCCAAGCAGAGUUGAAGCAAGGUUUUGAGAGAAUCUUCUCAGGGCUCUCCCAAGUAUCAGAUGAUGGAAAUGCAGGUAUUGAAGACAGAGUCUUUGUUAUGAUUAUUACGAUGUGUUCAGCCCGCAUUCUAUGCCGCCUACGUCUUGCUGCCAACAGCAAGAAAUCAUCAAAGCAGCCUUUUAAGACGGUUCUAAAAGAGGCUGUCCUCUCACUCGGGUAUCUCGAGCAUACCGAACCUUCUACUGUCGCUAGUAGAUUUGUAGAGAAAGCGAGAGAAGUGAUGCGGUUGAUUGACUCAUGGACGAAAUACCAGACGCUUACGCGGUUAAGGGAGUUGGUAGAAGGAGUCUAUCAUUUGCGGCAGGUAGGAGACGUCCAGGCGGUUUUUAACACUAUAUCGAACCGUGUCAUGGACCCUAGCUCUAGAAAAAAUCUCCUGAACAUCAUCAGGAAAGUCGCAAGGUAUCGAGAGGCUGCUCGAUUUUUAUAUCGCACGGCGAAAAGAUUCACGCUAGUCCGACAAAUGAAGACUGUUCUAAUCGAUUUACCCCGGGAGGCGUUUCACAAAAGUACUUUCGACAAGUACGAUUCUCGACUCUCAUUGAAAAUUUCACAGAUUCAUGCACCAAAUGGACGAGCAUGGCAACUCGAGGACUUCUGUCGCUUGCUCAAGACUGAUACAUUUGAAGCCAGUAGUUCUUUUGUCCAGCAGGCACGUAGAACAUCAAAUGAAGGAAAGAUUCACGCUGAGAUUCAACUUCUCUUUCACUUCGAAACACGCAUAUCUAAGCUGCUGCCUCGGGCGAUAUGCUCGAGCAAAGACGCCUGCUUCCUCUGUAACGCUUUUAUACUCAUGCAUGGAAAGAUUUAUACACCGCGAUAUCAUGGAAGAUUGUAUCCUGGGUGGUGCUUGCCUGAGUGUUUGAGUGUUGACCUGCAGUCGAGGUUCAACCAGAUACUGGAAGAUCAUAUUAGGAACAGCCUUUCAACGCUGAUUUCAAGACGACAGAAGACGGUCUACCCCGAUCCAAACGAGAGUACACUCCUCACCUUGCCUAAUUCAACGUCGACAAUACGCAGUAUAGCACAGCCUGAACCGGAUAUUCAAGAUCAAAAUGAGAUGAUUCAACCUCUCCUGAAUAAUCACACGGUUCAAGAGAGCGAUAGUAUGAUUUCAGAUUCUAGGCCGUCGCCUAAGCUAUUUGAUCAUGCAACUAGCAAUGAAUCUUCGGCAGAAAGUAGCUUUGCCAAUGCAAAGAAAGGGGUAGAGGCUCAAUCGUCAAGUAAUAGUCUUUCGCAGCUAGCCUCCUCAAUUUUGUCGACGGAGGAACUGCUGUCAAACGUUGUAUUUGGCAACGACUGGGAACUCGCUCGGGGUCAAAUGCUAUCCAAGACUAUUAGAUCAAACAGCACAUCAUCACUCUAUAACGCCGGAUCACUAGAACUUCAAAUUGGAUACUCGAUAGAAACGAGUCUGACCACACCUGAAAGAGGCUCAAAGGAGCUUUUGUUCAACAUAGAAUGGCUCACGAUAGACGAAGGAGAGAGAUUGCGUGGCCAACAAGCAGUUUCUAUUAUCGAUGCAGAGUCAUUGGAGGGUGAAACCGUCCAUCCUUUGGAUGAUCUCAAUGUCUUUAUAUCGCGGCCCGGAAUUCUAUUUUGA